AUGGAUCUGCAAAACAUCCUUUCGGCGACGGCGAGCUCGGCGACCGGGAGUCUGGCCUGGUUCAUCCCAACCCUAGCCGCUGCGAUCGUCUACUUCCAGUACGAGGUCAUGGAUCCCGAGUCACGGCCGAUCGACGUACCCUCGGAGCUACUCCUGCCCUCCUACGACUUCAUCGUGGUCGGGGCGGGCUCGGCGGGGGCAGUGGUGGCCAGUCGGCUAAGCGAGAUAGAGAACUGGAACGUCCUGCUGUUGGAAGCGGGCGGUGAUGAGACCGAAAUAUCCGACGUGCCGCUACUCGCGGGUUACCUGCAGCUGAGCAAACUCGAUUGGAUGUACAAGACCGAGCCUCAGGGGGACUCCUGCCUUGCCAUGGAGGGCGGUCGGUGCAACUGGCCACGGGGCAAAGUGAUCGGCGGCUCGAGCGUCCUGAACUACAUGCUGUACCUACGGGGCAACCGCAAGGACUACGACCUGUGGCAGGAGCAGGGCAACUACGGCUGGAACUCGUCCGAGGCCCUGCGCUACUUCAUGAAGUCCGAGGACAACCAGAACCCCUACCUGGCGCGCACGCCUUACCACACGACGGGUGGCUACCUCACCGUCCAAGAGGCCCCUUGGCACACGCCCUUGGCCACUGCCUUCGUCGAGGCCGGCAAGGAGAUGGGGUACGAGAACCGGGACAUUAACGGCGAGUACCACACCGGCUUCAUGAUUGCCCAGGGCACCAUCAGACGGGGCAGCCGCUGCUCAACCGCCAAGGCCUUCCUCAGGCCCGCGAGGCUCAGGAAGAACCUCCACAUAGCCAUGAAUUCCCACGUCACCAAGGUGCUGAUAGACCCAGUGAGCAAGCGCGCGUACGGCGUCGAGUUCAUGCGCGACAAGCAGGUGUACCGGAUCCGAGCCAAGAAGGAGGUCGUCCUGUCUGGCGGGGCCGUAAACUCGCCGCAGCUUUUGAUGCUGUCGGGCAUCGGUCCCAAGGAGCACCUCACCCAACUGGGCAUCCCUGUGAUCCAGGAGCUGAGCGUCGGCGACAACCUACAGGACCACAUAGGCGUGGGUGGGCUGACCUUUCUGGUGAACCAGGAGGUCUCGAUGGUGGAGAGCCGGCUCUACAGCCUAAACGCCGUUAUGCAGUACGCCAUCUGGGGCACGGGGCCCCUCACCGUCCUCGGGGGCGUCGAGGGCCUCGCCUUCGUCAACACUAAGUACGCCAACGCCAGCGCCGACUUUCCGGACAUCGAGCUCCACUUCGUCUCGGGCUCGACCAACUCGGACGGCGGCCGGCAGAUCCGCAAGAUCCACGGUCUAACCGGCCGGUUCUACGACGCCGUCUUCGGCCGCAUAAGCAACAGGGACGCCUGGAGCGUGCUGCCCAUGCUGCUGAGGCCCCGUAGCAAGGGCUUGAUAAGGCUGCGCAGCAAGAAUCCCUUCGACCAUCCCCUCAUUUAUCCGAAUUACUUCAAGGAGCCGCACGACCUGGAGGUGCUGGUCGAGGGUUUGAAGAUCGCGAUAGCGCUGAGCAGGACGCGGGCCUUCCGUAAGUACGGCAGCGAGCUCAAUCCCGUGCCGUUUCCCGGCUGUUCGCACCUCGUGUUGUACAGCGACGAUUACUGGCGGUGCAUGAUCAGGCACUACUCGGCCACGGUCUACCACCCCGUGGGCACUUGCAAAAUGGGCCCCCACUGGGACCACCAGGCGGUCGUCGAUCCCGAGCUGAGGGUUUACGGGGUCAAGGGCCUGAGGGUCGCGGAUGCGUCGAUCAUGCCGAACCAGAUAAGCGGCAACACCAAUGCCCCCGUGAUCAUGGUCGGCGAGAAGGCGAGCGACAUGAUCAAGGAGUACUGGCUCGCGCUGAUGCAGGCUAACGUUGUGCACAGGCAGGCGCGCAGGGGACUGAUACGGAUACACUGA